CUGCUAGUGGCUGAGAGGUGAGUGGCUCUUUGUGUCUGUUCCAGGUGUGGUCAGCUGGCACCGCUGCGUGCCUGGCAAUAAGAUAUGUCAACUGAUCUUCGAAAAAGGAAAAAAGAAACAAAUAGCCACAAUGCCACAUCCCAGGAAAAAGUGGCUAAAGAGGAAAGCAAGACAGAAAAGAGCAGCUCCAUUUGCUACAAAUACUUUAGAAGAGUAGUCGUCACUUUAUUGUCCAUUGCUUUGCUGCUUGGAGUAAAGUUGUACCGAGAUAAUGAAAUAGUGAAACUUCAUGAAGGAGCAUUGAGAUCUUUGGGCACCGAAGGACUAUUUCUGUUUUCUUCACUAGAUACCAACAAAGAUAUGUACAUAAGUCCUGAAGAAUUUAAACCUAUAGCAGAGAAGUUGACUGGAGUAGUCCCGACAUCUGAAUAUGAAGAGGAAGAAGCUCUUGAUCCAAAUGGAGAGACCAUGUCUGUGGUUGCAAAGUUUCAGCCUCUGCUUAUGGAAACAAUGACCAAAAGUAAAGAUGGAUUUUUAGGUAUUACCCACAGUGCUCUCUCAGGGCUGAGAAACUGGACAACUGCUGCUAUGCCAAUCAAUGUGUUUUUUGCUAGACAGUUUAAAGCUUUCCUUCCUCCUAAAAACAAAUUCAAUCUUGGUGAUCCUUGGUGGAUAAUCCCUAGUGAAUUAAAUAUCUUUACAGGUUAUCUUCCAAAUAACAGGGUCUAUCCUCCAGCACCGAAAGGCAAAGAAGUGGUAAUUCAUAAACUCCUUUCUAUGUUUCACCCUCACCCAUUUAUAAAAACAAGAUUUGCUCCACAGGGUUCUGUGGCUUGUAUCAGGGCAAUGAGUGAUUUUUACUAUGAUAUUGUCUUCCGGAUUCAUGCAGAGUUCCAGUUAAAUGAACCUCCAAAUUUUCCAUUCUGGUUCUCUCCUGGUCAGUUUACUGGCCAUAUUGUAAUUUCAAAAGAUGCUUCCCAUGUACGAUACUUCAAGCUGUAUGUGCCUAACAACCAUUCCCUAAAUGUUGACAUGGAAUGGUUGUAUGGGGCAAGUGAAAGUAGCAACAUGGAAGUUGACAUUGGUUAUUUGCCUCAAAUGGAAAUAGAGUCUGCAGGACCAUCUAUCCCCUCUGUGAUUUAUGAUGAGAAUGGGAAUGUCAUUGACAGUAGAGAUUCUGAAGGAGAACCAAUAGAAUUUGUCUUUGAGGAUAUCAGCUGGCAAUCUGAAAUAAGCUUGGAACAAGCUGUUGAUAAGCUUGAAGUUACUAUGUACCCAUUUAAGAAGGUACCAUACCUUCCUUUCACACAAGCAUUUGACAGAGCGUUUGCUGAAAAGAAACUUGUGCACUCUGUAUUACUUUGGGGUGCUUUAGAUGAUCAGUCCUGCUGAGGUUCGGGGCGAACUCUCCGGGAGACGGUCCUGGAGAGUUUGCCCGUUCUUGCUUUGCUCAAUGAGAGCUUUGUUAGUAGCUGGUCACUAGUGAAAGAACUAGAAGAACUGCAAAAAAAUAAGGAAAACGAAGCAUACGCAACGUUUGCUUCACUUCACUUGGAAAACUAUAACUUUCCUGUAGAGAUGAUGAUUUGUCUUCCCAAUGGAACAGUAGUCCACCAUAUUAAUGCCAACUAUUUUCUGGAUAUUACUUCCUUGAAGCCAGAAGAAGUAGACACCAGCAUGUUUAGCUUUUCUGAGGGAUUGGAGGAUUUAUCUACUUCUACUUACGUAAAAUUUCUGAAAGAAGGUUUAGAGAAAGCAAAGCCUUAUUUACAACACUAGAUGUCAUUUGAAAAUGUAGUAAAAACAUUUAAAGGGACACAACUCAAAAUGUAAUUUCAUGUAAGUUGUUUAAUUAUGCAUAGUAAAGAAAAAUGUUCUUUCAUCGUGUUUGCCAGCUUUUCCUGUAAUUUUAAGUUGUGAGGUUUUUUUUUACACUGACCCUUGUAGAAUGAAGUGUAUUUUUCAGUUUUCAGAUCCCUUCAACAUUCUACAUAAUCAUUACUUUGUCAGUACAAGAGCUCAUUAUAUCUGACCUUAAUUAGCCACUGCAAAGGAGAUAGAUACAUGACCUCAAGAGGCUUUUCACUGGUUAUGUCCCUGUACUUCAAAUAAAUGCAGAUUUUGAUGGCUGUGUUACAAAAUGUAUUUGUGUGCAUUGUUUAAUUGUUGAUACAUAUAUAAAUUGUCUUUAAAGGGACAUGAAACCCAAAAAUGCUUUUUCAUGAUUUAUAUAGAUCAUAUACAUUUAAACAACUUUCUAAUUUACUACUAUUGUCAAGUGUGCUUCAUUCCCUUGGUAUCCUUUUAUGAAGGAGCACCAAUGCGCUACAGGAAGCUAGCAUCAAUAAACCAAUGAUAAGAGGUAUCUAUAUGCAACCACCAAUCAACAGCUAACUCAACUCCUGAGCCUACCUAGAUAUGCUUUCCAACAAAAGAUACCAAGAAAACAAAGCAAAUAAGAUAAUAGAAGUAAAUGGAAAAUGUGUUUAAAAUUUUAUGCUUUAUAUGAUAUAUUUUUUUGGGGGGUUUCAUGUCCCUUUAAUGUCAAUUUAAAAAAAACAAUAAACAGAUUUAAAUUACAAGACUUUUUUGUAUUAAUUAACAUACCCACUGAGCAAACUUUGUGAAUGAGUUCACACCUUGUUGCUUUUUUUCAGUAUCCAAACCCUCAACCAACUGCCUUAUUUGUAGGAGUAAGCCCUGAAACAAUCUAAUCUGUUUGUAGCUCCCUUUUUAAAGUUUCUCCUGCUGAGGUCAGUUAGGAGUGGAUAUAAAUAAGCUCUGGCAGUGCUGGCUUGUGAAAUCUGUAGGAUGAUCUUUCGAUGCUCACGGUAGUUGGAAAACCCAUAACUUUUAAAAUGACAGGGAAAGGGGUCAACAUAAAUAAUGGAAGAUUAAGGGCAAAUUUUGUUUUACUAUGGUUAAUUAAACAUUGUAUAUUACAUUCUCAAAGUGUUCAUGUACCUUUAUAUUACAAUAGAAUAAGGUGUCUAAUUUGGUUGUGUUUUAAUUGUAAUCUGUUAGCAUUUACGUGCACACAAAUGGCAAAUCUAUAUAAUAAUAAUGUCCAUAUUCACUAGAGAUUUUGUUUUUGCUUAGUGUAGAGAGAGCUUCAUAAUUUUACUGAAUAGUACAAUUACAUAAGAGAUGGUGAGGUCUGUCUCACUGGAAGGAAACAUCUCAACAUCUAGGAAGUGUACUAGAUUUACAUACUUUUGUACUGUUUUAAAGUAUUUUAGUAGUGCAGAGAUUAUUUAGUUGGGUUUUUUUUUUGUGAUUUUCUUUUGAUGGGCAUGAAGAACCUCUUGAUUGAGAGAGCGUUGCCAUUUAUUGCUACACAAUAUAUUGCAACUUUCUUUAGAAGCCAGUGCUGACAGUACAGGUUAGAAGCUCCCAUACAUAGGGAGAAUGGUAUUAUGUGUGAUGUGACUGCUAGAACUGUGCCUCCUGUUAAAGUCAAAAUUAAACUUUCAUGAUUCAUAUAGAGCAGCAACUUUCUAAUUUACAUCUUUUAUCAAAUCUUCUUCGUUCUCUUGGUAUCUUUAUUUGGAAAAGCAAGAUUGCAAGCAUAGGAGCCAACCCAUUUUUGGUUCAGAACCUGGGUAGCACUUUCUGAUUGGUGUCUAAAUGUAGCCACCAAUCGGCAAGUCCUACCCAUGUGCUGAACCAAAAAUGGGCUGGCUACUAAGCUUACAUUCAAAUAAAGAUAGCAAGAGAACGAAGAAAAAUGAAUAGGAGUAAAUUAGAAAGUUUCUUAAAAUUUCAUGCUCUAUCUGAAUGAUGAAAUUUUAAUUUUGACUAGAUUAUUCUGUUGCAACCUUGUAAUGUUCUGAUUUGACCAGGAGAAUCAUUUCUAUAUGCUCUUCUUUAGACAAAGGUAUUUUAGAACUGCACCUAAAAAGAAAAAAAAUGUUUUGAGACUGGACCAAUGGGAGAUGACUGCACUGUUUAGUUUUUCUGAGAUUUCACAGUAGGGGGCACCCUUUAGAGUGAUACAUCCCCUGUUUGGUCUUUCUCUCUAGCAGAUAUACUUCCCAUAUGGACUUAGUGGUAGUUAAAGAUCUGCCUAUUUACUGUAUAGGUUACAUAUAUUGACAACACAGCACAGUAUUUACAUUUUUGUAUAGAAACAGUAUUUUUAUGUGGAUUAUAUAUUUUGUAUGGUACUGUACAGUGGGAAGAGAUUAUUUUGUAUUUCCUAAGUACAUGUCUUUUUGACAGUCUAACCUUAAAGUUCCUUUAACAGGUUAAACUUGAGUUUUAUGAUAAUUGUAAUUUAGGAGAUAGAAAAAAUAAUUUAAUCCCAUCCACUAUAUUACGUGAUUUUAUUUUUCUAUGAAAUAUAUGAAUCACUUUUAUGACUGUAUAUUCCAGGCUUAGCUAAACCUUUUUUUGUUAAAGUCACACUAGAAUUUUCAUUUACUUCCUGGUCUAUAAUUUAUUUAUUUUUCUUUAAAUUUUACUUUUCUGAAAACCAAAACUGUCAUUCAAUAUAAGCACAUUUUUAAGAGGAUUUUAAAACAAAUAAGUGACACAGAUUUGGAAACAACACAUUCGAUAGAUCAGCCUGAUAGGAUUUGAAUAAGCAGUUGCAGAAAUAAGGAGUUGUAAGUGCGGUGUUAGUGGAUGAGGAAGUGGGGCAUCCGAUUAUGGCCCCUAAAUUUUAAGUUGGACAGUUCUUGUAUAUUUAAUAGAAAUAUCUUGUUGUAUCACCACUGUACACGUUCACUAAUGUGUAAAAUCUCUUCUGCAUAGAUUUAUAGAUUAGUAAAUAUAAUUAUUACCUAAAUACUUUUAUCAAAAUUCUUUGUUCUUUUGCUGUCUUUAUUUGAAAAGCAGGAAUGUAUGCUUAGGAGUCAGCCCAAUUUUUGUUCAGCACAUUUGACAUAUAUGCCUAUUGUCAUUGGCUCACCCCAGGUGUUCAGUUUGCAACCAGUAGUGCAUUGCUGCUCCUUCAACAAAUAAUACCAAUGAGAAUGAAGCAAAUUUGAUAAUAGAAGUAAACUGGAAAUGUGUUUAAAUUUGUAUGUUUUACCUAAAUCAUGAAACAAAGUUUGGGUUUCAUAUCCACAUAUAUAUAUAAUGUAUUUCCCUAUCUCUAGAACAAUGUUUUUAAUGCAUAAAUCUGUAUCUGUUAUGUCCAACAUACAGGCAGUGCAUUUAUGAUUCCCUCUUUUUUUCUACAUUUUUGUUCCCAUGUACGUUUUUAUUUCUCGUUUAUUUUAAGGACAAUACAAUUCUGGCACAGUAUUUUAUUUUGUGUAUUAACAAACCUUUUUUUAUAAGUAGUUUAUAGUUGUCGUAUUUUGUACUGUACCAGACAGGUGACAUUAUUUUGACUUUCCUUAAUACAAUGUCUUUUUGAUGGUCUAAUCUUAAAGUUUUAUUACCAGAUUAAACCGGAGUUUGACAGUUGUAAUUUUAGAGGGGAAAAAGUAAUUCCAUUCUCUCCGCACUGAAAUAUUUUUUCUUUUUUUAUGAAUUGUAGUAACAGUUAAAUCCUUUUUUUUUUGUAUGUUCUAUAACUGACAGUAUUCUGGAUUUAUUUACUAUUAAAGGACUGUAUUUUGAAACAAA